ACUGGCAAGUGAAUUGGAUCUCAGAAAGGAUUUGAGUUUCUUUAACUUUGCGGUCAUCCUCCGGUUGGCGUUCUCUGUCUCCACGCCAAGGCUUGUGCCCCAUGUUCGCCCCGGGCACGGCAGCCUGGCUAACAAAUGAAGCCGUGCCCUGUGCUGCUGUAGCAUCGCUUCGGACCCUCAUGGCUCGGGAAGUACUGCGCCCUCGACGGUUCUCGCCAUCCGUGCCACGUCAAGUGCGCGGCAGCCAGCGUCCGGCCCCCGUGCUCCGUUCCCGCUUGCACGGCCUCCGCCACGCCUGCUCCCCGACCUCCUCUCCGCUGCGCCGGGCACUGUGGACGCUGGCGCUGACCACUUCGGUCGGCCUGUUGCUGUCAUGGUCGUCCAACCGCGUUCUGCAUUGGCUGGCUCUGCCCACCGCCACACGAGUGCACCGACAGUGGGCGCGCCAGCUGGACUUCCCCGCCAUCACCAUCUGCAACAACAACCCGGUGCGCCUCCCACGGCUCACCAAGAGUGACCUGUAUUUCGCAGGGCAUUGGUUGGGCCUGCUGCAUGCCAACGGCACAGCGCGCUCGCUGGUUCUGGAUCUGCUGCAUGACGAGCGCCUCGCUUGGUUUCGGAAGCUCGCUGACUUUCGGCUCUUUCUGCCGCCGCGCCGCUUCCCUGGCACCAGCCUCAAGCUCCUCGAUCGGCUCGGGCACCAGCUGGACGACAUGAUGCUCGCCUGCAAGUACCGUGGUGAACCCUGUGGCGCUCACAACUUCUCCACUGUAUUUACACGCUACGGGAAGUGUUAUAUGUUCAACGCAGCCGAGGAGGGGAAAGCUUUAAGGACCACAAUGAAAGGAGGAACAGGGAACGGCCUAGAGAUCAUGCUGGACAUUCAGCAGGACGAGUAUCUCCCCGUGUGGGGGGAAACAGAGGAGACGGCGUUUGAGGCCGGCGUCAGGGUGCAGAUCCACAGCCAGGCCGAGCCUCCGUUUGUGCAUGAGCUGGGCUUCGGGGUAGCUCCAGGGUUCCAGACAUUCGUGGCCACUCAGGAGCAGAGGCUGACGUACCUGCCUCCUCCGUGGGGAGAAUGUGUGUCUCAGGCUCUGGGCUUCUUCGAUGUGUACAGCAUCACAGCCUGCCGUAUCGAGUGUGAGACGCGCUACAUCGUGGAAAACUGCAACUGCAGGAUGGUGUACAUGCCAGGAGAUUCUCCAUACUGCACUCCUGAACAGUACAAGGACUGUGCUGAACCUGCUCUCGCUGCCUUGUCAUCUGUCGAGGGCACCAACUGUAUGUGCAGGAACCCGUGCAAUGUGACUCGCUACACCAAAGAGCUUUCCAUGGUGAAGAUUCCCAGCAGGACAUCAGCACGCUACCUGGAGAAGAAGUUCAACAGAUCGGAGAAGUACAUUACGGACAACAUCCUGGUCCUGGACGUGUUCUUUGAGGCUCUGAAUUACGAGACCAUUGAGCAGAAGAAAGCGUACGAGGUGGCCGGCUUACUGGGGGACAUUGGAGGUCAGAUGGGUUUAUUCAUUGGUGCCAGCAUACUGACAAUCCUAGAGCUGUUUGACUAUGCGUAUGAGGUAGUGAAAGAGAGAAUUCUUUAUUUCUUGAGUCGGGGUGAAGAGGAGGAAAGUCGAGGGGAAGACGUGAGCACAUGUGAUCCGGUAGUGAAUCAUUCAGAGACCAUCAGCCACACCGUCAGCGUUCCACUUCAGACCACGUUAGGGACGCUGGAGGAAAUCGCUUGCUGAUUGCUUUUCCUUUUACA